GGCGAGGCCCGGCCCCGUGAGGCGAAGCGAGGCCCCGUGAGGUGAGGCGAGGCCCGGUGAGGCCCGGCGGGGCCCUGCCCGCAGCCCCGGCUCGCUCUCCCCUCCCGCCGCCGCCGCCGCCCCAUGCUCGGCCGCCGCUGAGCCCCGCCCGGCCCCGCUGCUCUCCCCUCUGCUCCGUUCCGCUCCCCUCCUCCCCCCCCCCCCACCGCAGGCGCCGGGCCCUUGGAUGCCGUCGGGAUGGGCAAGGUGCUGUCCAAGAUCUUCGGCAACAAGGAGAUGCGGAUCCUGAUGCUGGGGCUGGACGCGGCCGGGAAGACCACGAUCCUGUACAAACUGAAGCUGGGCCAGUCGGUCACCACCAUCCCCACCGUGGGCUUCAACGUGGAGACGGUCACGUACAAAAACGUCAAGUUCAACGUGUGGGACGUCGGCGGCCAGGAUAAGAUCCGGCCGCUCUGGAGGCACUACUACACGGGCACGCAGGGGCUGAUCUUCGUGGUGGACUGCGCCGAUCGCGACCGCAUCGACGAGGCCCGCCAGGAGCUGCACCGCAUCAUCAACGACAGGGAGAUGCGGGACGCCAUCAUCCUCAUCUUCGCCAACAAGCAGGACCUGCCCGAUGCCAUGAAACCCCACGAAAUCCAGGAGAAACUGGGCCUGACCCGGAUCAGGGAUAGGAAUUGGUACGUGCAGCCCUCCUGUGCUACUACAGGGGACGGACUCUACGAAGGGCUGACAUGGUUAACGUCCAAUUAUAAAUCCUAAUGAGAGAGUAACUAUUUAGUCUACAAAGAAUUAAAGAAAAAAAAAUAAAAUAAAAUAACCCACGUGGCUUUCCGGAAGAAUGAUUCUCUACUGAAAAGCAAAAACAAAAGCAUCCAUAGGAUUAUGAUCACCUUUCUCCAGUUACCGCCCUUUCCUUCCUUCUCCACACUUGACUGGAUUCCUGUUUUAACUCUUCUCGCUUGGCGUUAGGAUGCUCUAAUCUCCGAAUGUGACACGAGCACUAGAUGCUAUGGCAGACUUCCAGCAAACAGGCGAAAGACACAUUGUAGACUUGCUAAGUAACUUUUGUUUGUUUUGUUUUUUUUUUUCCUCUUGAUAGCCCGUAAGAUGGUUUGAUUAUUUUGGGGGGACGGUUGGGGGAGGGGUACCAUUUUCAGCGUAUGCUUUCUGGUUCUACUAUUUUUUUUGAUUAUAUAUAUAUAUAUUUCCCCCCCCCCCCCCUCUUCUAUCACUUGCUGUAGAUUGCUACUUUUUUGCAUUCAUGCGGAAUAUGUUGCUAGGUCGACUUCAUCUAGUAAACUGAAAAUUCUUGCUUAAAAUCAAACCGCAGUCUGUCUUUUUAUAUUAAGGACUUUUUUUUAAAAAAAAAAAAGUUCUGUUAAUCUGUAACCGAAUAGUGACUCUCGGUCUGGCUUCAUAUCUCAGACUACUAACGAAACGAAUUCUUGCCGACGGUGGCAGAUAGCGAGAAUACCACUGUAACGUGUUCAAAGUGCAGAUCGGGCAUCACGUUAACUAGGGAAUGUAAGAGCUGCUUUGAAAUGUCAGCUGUGAAGUUCUGAACCAUACAUCAUGCAUGAGGAGGGAUGCAAAUAAGUUCCCCAUACCACACAGCAACCAUACAGCAAAUGAGACGGGAGUGAUGUAAUAGUUGCAGGGUCUCCACCGUUCAGUUUCUCUCUCGCAUUGCGAACUCGAGGAUGUGUAGCUGCAGUUUCUACUGCUCGUGUCAGGGCUCCGCUUCAGUGCAAGAUGGGUUCCCUCCAGAGAAAGGCAGCGAUAACGCGCAGGCGUUGCAACGGGUUUUACUUUAAAUCGCAGGCGUUGAGGCAAAAAUCGAGCAGCGACUUGCCUGCCUUGGGGAAAAGACAAGUUUCGUUUUAGGGCGAAGGCACCUAAGUCUUGGAAGGGUUUCCCAUUUGUGAGAGGCACGUCGGGGGGGAAGGAGCGCCUCAUUUCUCCGCUUUUAAGCUCCUGAAGGGGCAGGCGCAGCGCUGAGCUUCCUCUGAGCUCGGUUCUGCCAUCAGAAUUGCCAUUUUGAGGAAAUGGCUCGCUGGUGUGGCUCCCCCGGCCGAGGCUGAGCUCGUGCAGAUAGGGGCAGCCUUCGCCGUCUGGCCCGGCAGCGAGCGGUCGCUGAAGUCCUGCAGGAAGGGAACUCCGUUGGGUGGCUGGAGCCCAUUGAGUAACUGCUAAUGAGAGCGGGGAGGAGAGAGGGAGAAUACGACUAUGAAUGUAAACUUCCACAAUUAGCUCUUAGAGGGCGAGCGGCUCGCUUGCCCUGUCACGGUGUGCAGGUGUGGCUGGCGAAAAAACCCCACCCAGAGCCAGUAUUAGCCUCAAAUCUCCAUCAAGUAUUAACGCUGGGUGCAAAAACCCCAUCAAAGCAGCUGGUUCUCAUUCAGCCUUAAGGAUUAUCUUCAGUUUUCCUCAAGGAGUUAAACUCGAUUGGGGAAUUCUAGGAAUGUAUGCUACAAAACCAGAAGAAAAUGGCUUUUUUUUUGUUGUUGUUGUUGUUUUUUCCAAGGACAGGAGUUGUACGUGAGACCGGGGGCAUUACACUACAUUUCCGCAGUGCUGACUCCGCAUGCCAAGCAUAUUGUACAUGGAGCUCUUACCAAAGAUGAACGGGAAGGGAAAAUUACCGAAUUCACCCCUGAAACCGAGCCAUUGGGGACCGCUUCCGAGUGACUUGGGAACGCGGUUCCGAGCGGCGGAUCCUUUUGGGGUUGCAGAGGGGACGGGAUGGGUUCUUGGUGCUGGAAGAUAGAGCACUGAUGGGUCACGGGCUGCCCAAGCCAAGGGGGGCCUGCAGAAGGAAGCGGGGCGUCAAAUAACUCCCCGCUCUCAGCUCUGAAGCAGAGGAGGUGAGGCUUUCCGCUCGAGCCUUCUUGCCGUUGGGAUAUCAUUGCUCUAUUUUCUAGCUUUUUACGAGUGCAAGGAUUAUUUUUAUUUUUUCCUUCUGUCGAUGUAACGGUGUAAAGCCUAAAAAUACACGAAUGUGGUUACUGUUUUCUUCUGGAGCAUAAAUAAAAUAGCCAAGCACAAAGUAAAUGCCUAAACUGGAAAACUUGAAGCUCUCUUAAUGGUUCUUGAACUUUCUUAAACCUCUUCUCAGUCAAAAUGAGAAUUUCAAUGGCUUCACUUUCCGUCUGAGUUGAUUUACUGUGUGUUCUCUUCCGAUGCCGGGGCAGACCUCUUCGCUAGACUUCCAUUGAGUUGCAGUCACGAUUUUGUAUUUCCUUAGCGACUUUGUUACUUUAGAUAUUCUGUUUUUUUUUUUUUGUAGGUGAAAAGGAAACUGAUUUAUGCUUCUGAUUAUUUUUUUUAAUGUCUUUUUUUUUUUUGGGGGGGGGUGGGAGAAAAAGUUACUGAAGCGUGGCGGAGACUUCAAAAAUAAAUGGCCAUCGCUACCAACGAAACGCAGCGGGUUUCACUUUCAAAACCUCCUUUAUAGCUCAGAGCUGAACCUCGCCACGAACCAGUGGCAGUGAGCGCGGCCUGUAGGGUGAAGGGGCAAAUCUGUACGAAAGCCGGUGAUUUCAAACCUGAUCCGAAGUUUCAAGUGCAUCAAUCUGUGUUCAUGUGAAUUUAUGGAGUAAGUUUUGAAUGGCGUUAAUCGUGUCUGAUAAGUGAAUGAGUUUGUAGACUGUGAUCUCCCUGACAAGUAAACAGGAAUUUUGUGUUCUCAAUAUGGCUGUAGUGUUGGUGAAGAACUAAUAAGCCGAAAAUAAAGCAAUUACACAGCGGA